AUGUCGGACCCAAAGGUCUCCCAGGCCAUUGCCGACGGCAGAGUCCCUAAAGAAAUCACAGCUGAUUAUCUCAACGAAACGAGAGAUGCAUCGGCUAUAGCGGGAAUUCUCUUUGUUACGGUCCUCACGAGUAUUAUUGUUCUCGGUCGUCUUGCUUCACGAGCAUUUCUUAUGCACCGCUUUGGAAUCGACGAUGCAUUGACGUUCGUAUCAUGGAUCUGCUUGGUGGUAUUCGUAGGUCUGUGCAUUAGACUCAUCCAGCUGGGUUCUGGACGACACUUUGCCUACAUCCAAUACGUCCUCGACAUGCCAACCGUCGAAGACACCGAAGUCCUCGACUUUAUCGCUCACAUAAUAUACACGACCACACUUUUACUUUGUCGAAUAUCCGGUCUUGCCUUUUACCAUCGCAUAUGCGCUGUGCACGAUCGUUUACGACUAGCAAUUUUGGUCGUCUUUGGUGUUCUCAUCGCUGGAUAUCUUCCUCAACUUUUACUUAUUAUUUUCCAUUGUAUGCCCGUUACUGGACUUUGGCCUUAUGAAUGGCAGCCUGACUUUGAGGAUUUUACAUGUUUGCAGUGGGGAUUGGUGUACGUCGUCAAUUCUUCGGUGUCGCUUGUGUGUGACUUUUUGCUGUUUGGCAUACCGAUUGUUAUGCUGAGAGUGUUGGAGAUGCCCAGGAAGAGAAAGAUACAGCUUGCAUGUAUCCUCUUGCCUGGUAUAUCUGUUAUCGCCAUCUCAAUUGCACGUUUGGUGUUGGUCAUCGAAGGACAAUGGAACAUGGACAUGUCAUGGGCCUACAAUCCCAUGCUAGUAAUUGAAGUCAGCGAAAUCGGCGGCACCCUCAUCGCCCUAUCAGUACCAGGCUUCAAGCCCCUCUUCGACAAGUUCAUCCUACAGCGAGACAUCACCAAUGGCGAAGACACCGGCAAGGCGUCGAAACUACAGCAGAGUUCCAAGGGAGGCACGGCGCUGCGAUCGCUGAAUUUUAGACCUGAACAUGAUGUGCUGAACAGUCGUGAUACUUCUGCUGAGGGGGCGAAGGUUUAUCGGAUGAAUGAUGUGACGGCGGAUAAUAGGAGUGAGAAUAGUGCGGAUGGAAUUUUGGUGCAGGUGGAUUUUAGGUUGAAGGAGGAUAUGCAGCAUGGGCAAAGUGGGAGCGAUGCGGGAAGAUCAUGGAAAUGA